AUGGAAAAUCCAUCACUUUCUUCCUCACAUCAUUUGGUUGUUACUGGUGCUGAUAAAAAGACACCAGAACAGCCCCUUUACCCCGAUGUUGCAGACAUCAGCCAUGCUACGCCUGCUCUUGUUGAGUUCCUUCGCCACUACUUCCAGGCCAAAAGCAGCCAUGAUGCAGACACAUGGGUUAAAGAUUUUGAUACCUCCAAGCUUUUCUACAUCGACACAGUCCUCGGCCUGCAUCUCAACCAAGAGAACUUUGAAGUCACGACAAGAUCAAUAAUGGCGUCAUGGGAUGCGGAUGCCAAGUCUUAUCCACUCCGCAUCAUUGGUGAUGAACAUAGCGCGGUGAUGUUCUUCGAGGACACGCCGACAAUGUUCGGAAGUGAGCUCCGUGGAAUCUCUGCCCUCGACAUGGAGAAUGGCAAGGUUAUUCGCCAGGUCGACUACUGGGACGGACGCCGAGCUCCCCUGGCGAGUACCAGACUCCCACUAGACCAGUACCCCUCGGACUUUAAGGAGUCGAUUGUGCAGAGGGCUCGUGACCCUGUGAUCCAGGAUAUUGCCAAUCAGCUUCAUGCGGCCCUUUCGACAGGCAAUAGUAGCGCUGCCGCGCAGCUGUUCGACGUCGACGCUGUUUGGGAAGACCGAACCACUCGCGUCAUACUCGACGGUCGAUUGGCCAUUGAACGCUAUCUUGCUCGUGCAUCGUCUAGCUUGCCAUAUGGUGCUGGCGCGACCAUUCGACAUGUCGUAGGAAGCGCCCAAGGUGGAGGUUACGAAUGGAUCGGCGGACCGGGUGCUGCUACUCGCCAUGGCAUUGACCGCUCUCAAGCUCAACGAAGAUCGCUUGAUCACGCUCGUCAGCGCUCUUUGGGAUGCAUCGUACGCCAGUGA